ACAAGGUAUAGUGUUGAAGCUCGCUUCCAUGGCGGCCAUGGCGAAGCCCCAAGCUCUUAAUCCUUUGAAGCCACUCUCAGCUGAAGCUCUUCUCCCCUUUUCUCCAUCAAAGUCUCUCCUUUUCAUGCCUAGAGCUUCUCCUCGCUGUGAAUCACUGCACCAUAGCAAUGGAAGUGCUUCUUUCCGUCCCGUCAUCAAAGCACAGAGCUCACCGGAUUAUGUCCCGGAUUCGCAGUUCUACAAAAUUGAAGCUAUUCUCAGGCCGUGGAGGGUGGCGCAUGUGUCUUCAGGGUUGAUGAAGAUGGGGAUCAGGGGAGUGACUGUGUCUGAUGUUAGAGGUUUUGGAGCUCAGGGAGGGUCUAUGGAAAGGCAAGCUGGAUCUGAGUUUUCGGAAAAUAUGUUCUUAGCCAAAGUUAAAAUGGAGAUUGUUGUAUCCAAGGACCAGGUUGAAGCGGUAAUUGAUAAAAUAAUUGAGGAAGCUAGGACUGGAGAAAUUGGUGAUGGCAAGAUAUUCUUGAUACCUGUUUCAGAUGUUAUACGAAUCCGCACGGGUGAGCGGGGCGAGAAGGCCGAGAGAAUGAUGGGUGGCCUUGCAGAUAUCAUUUCAACUGCAUCAUCAAAUUGAUCAAAUAUUUGCCUACUAUCAGCAACAUCAACAUGCCGUGCGAGGCAAGACUCAGUGCUCAUAAUUCUUUGUUUAGCAUGGUAUGUGUGCCUUGUGAAUUAUUUUCCUUGCCGUGAACAUGUAUAUUGGAAUCGAAAUACGUUCUCGAAACUCUUGUUCUUUAAUAAAUGAAAGCUCCAUGCAUUGUUUUCCAA